AUGGCCGUGGGCUACACCACCAACAUCCCUGAUAACUUCUCCAAUUACCUCCUACAAGACAACUACGAAUACAAGGUGAGGCGGUUUAAGAAGCCGUCACGGUGGAGGCGACAGCCACCGAACGGCCUGGCGACUGACUGUCUGCGCACAAGUCGACCCCGAAGCACAAGUGACCCACCAGACGCCGCCGGCGGCUGGUACUCGCGGACGAGCGCGUCCCAACAGGCGCGCGGGGCAGCAGUUGAGAAAGCGAAUGCUGCUCGUCAUGCCAGCCUGCUCACAUCUCGACUAUCAUCGGGUGCUUCGACAUUUGAAGGAUAUUAUCCCAGUGCAAUUCCUUUGACUCCCACGGUGCCGUGUGAUUCCACCGCGAAUAGCACUCUCACACGAUUCGACAGUCACCAAGGCGGUCCACCUCAGCACCAACAGCACCAGAUUGUCGAUUUGGAGGGCCUUGACAUCGACUUCAUCCUCAGUAGUUCAGUGGAACAAAGAGAUGAGAUUUCCUCGAGUGCGACAAUUUCAACAAGCUCCACUGGAGGCCAUCUUUUGCCGCUAGCUCAGUCCCCACAAUACACGGUGUCUGCCCCUGCCGUCACCUCGACUGCCACCCCAGACACGAUGUACCCAAAGGCAGUAUCCACAACCCCUCCGACAACCGUAUUCACUGGUGUCAUUCCAGCGUCGGGAUUUUCUUACGCGCCUACUCUAGACCAAGUCUCCGUUCCCCAAUACACCACUCUCGGUGUACCCCCCACUACCCGUUGGGAGCAUCAGGGUUUCUACAGCGCUGCAUGUGUCCCCCAGACAACUCCUACUUCAGCCUUUAAAGUGGCGAGGAAAGAGGAACUUAGGUAUCCUACGGUCGGGUACCAAUUUUGCCAUCAGCUUCCCCACCUGACGCAUCCACAACAUCCAUCUUCUGUGGCGACGUAUCAGACAUCCUUCAUCUACCCAAAGGAUGCGGAAUUCUACACACAAAGGAGUGUCGUGAAUGCCCUAACGCCGCCCGCUACCCCUCCAACGGUUGGUUUGAAGACAGUUACCUCUCGACGCAGGACGAGAAUGGCGACUGGAGGAGGGUCAGGGGGAGGUAAACUGACUGCCUCUGCUACUAAAAAGAACGUAGCCCUGAUACACAUGUGUCCUUUCGGUACCUGUGCGAAAGCUUACUCGAAGUCAUCCCACCUGAAAGCCCACAUGCGGGUGCACACGGGCGAGAAGCCAUUCCCCUGUGAUUGGGUGGGAUGCAACUGGCGGUUCGCGCGAUCCGACGAGCUGACCCGACACUACCGAAAACACACGGGAGAUAAGCCCUUCAAGUGCACUAUUUGCCAACGAGCCUUUGCCCGGAGCGAUCACCUCACACUGCACAUGAAGAAACACCGCAACCCCGGUUAG